GUUUUGAUCAAAGUUUAAUAAACGACGUUCAUUUGCAAUUCAGUCUUGCCCUGUACUUUUUUGGGAAGGGAGUUAGAAAAUUCUACCGAACAACAAAAUUAAAAAUGAAGACGAUUUUGUUUCUUUUGGCUGUGCUGUGCUACACCUCGGCUUACAGAGCGCCAAUCAUGAAUGAAUAUUCCAAGACUGCUAUUCCAAAUGAAUACAUCGUCGUAUUCAAUGAAAGUGCUUCAUCAGAUGCAGUCCUGAAGCACAUGAAAACUCUGCCAACACAUCUGCAUACCACGUCCGACUUCGUCAUUGGGAAAUUUCGAGGGUAUGGAGUAAAAGCCGCAAACAAGAGCCAUCUAGAACAUGUACGUAGCGACCCAAUUGUGAAGUACGUCGAGCCAAAUAUGCAGGUUAAGGCAUUUUCAUGUGCGGAACAAAAAGGCGCUCCUUGGGGUUUGGCACGCACCUCAACCUUGAUCCCUGACUCGGACCCGGAAUCAGACUCUGACUCUGACUGGAAAGAGCUCAAUCCAGAUUUAUUAUAUGAACAUGACACUACUGGUGGACAAGACGUAACUGUUUAUGUGAUCGAUACGGGAAUAAGGACAACCCAUGAAGAUUUUACGUACAAUGGCGAACAACAAGCUAAAUGGGGAACAAGCACGGUUAUGGAUCCAGACACCGAAGAAGAUUUAAACGGCCAUGGAACUCAUGUUGCAGGUACAAUUAUAGGCCAACACUAUGGCAUUGCCAAAAGAGCAACAGCGAUAGCCGUACAAGUACUUAAUGCAAAUGGCUUUGGUUCAAAUACGGGUGUUAUUAAAGGUAUGGAAUGGGUUGUAAAGGAGCACCAGAAAGCAGGAAAGAAAACAUCUAUUGCAAACAUGUCCUUGGGAGGCGGCUUUACUCUUGCAAUGAAUGAAGCUGUAGACUCCAUGUUUGCCGCGGGUGUCCUUCUUGUUGCAGCUGCUGGAAAUGAUAAUGCUGAUGCCUGCAAUUACUCACCAGCUAGUGCUGAAAAUGCGGUCACUGUUGGAUGCACUGACAUAAAUGACUCUUCAUGCUAUUUCUCAAAUUGGGGGAAAUGUAAUGACAUCUAUGCUCCGGGUUUAAACAUUGAAUCUACUUGGAUUGAUGGAGACUCAGCAACUAAAACAAUAUCAGGAACAUCUAUGUCAUCUCCUCAUGUGGCUGGUGUUGCAGCUGUGCUACUGUCUGAAGAUAAUGACUUAACACCAGAGGAGCUGGCCAAUAAACUGAAAGAACUUGGUGCUAAAAACCAGAUCAGUAACAUUCCAAGCGAAACAGUAAAUCUGUUGCUCUUCAAUGACUGUCAGCAAUAAAAUCUGCAUCAAGAGGAUGAAACUUAUUCAUCCAAUUCCAUUUCUUUGGAUUUUGCAAAAUAUGUUGCAUUAUGGAAGGAAGCACAAAAAUUCAUAAUCAGCACUGUUGCUCCAUUAACAGGAUUGUUAUACAAUUUCUGUAAUAUCAAUUCACCAUAAUGAUGUUGAAAUAAAUCAGAAUUAAGUAUAUUACUUAGGCAAAAAAUAAGUCCUAAUGAUUUGGCAUUAGAGAGGGCCAAAGGUGCUCUUAUUAUUCGGAAACUGUGAACACUUUCUUUGUAAUUUGAAUGUUGUAUAGCAUACUAAAAUGAAAAUAACUUUCAUCCCUGAAUAAAACACGAAGUCUGUAUAACUUCUUAACUAAAAGCAAGGUUUUUAACAGGAUAAAUAAAGUUGGGAUGAAUCACAACUACAAAUAUACAGGUGCUGCAUUUAGAAAACAUGCUUAGAAAAUAAUAAGAUUAGUUGAUAUUUAUUGUGCAAUUCAUGGCCUUAUAAACAAAACUGAUUUUUUUCUUGCUUCAGGCUUGCGAUGAGGACCACUGAAUUACUGACAUAAACUCAAAUUUCAUAGUGUGAGCACCAUUUACUAUUCACCUUAUCAUUGGUCUUUCAUAUUUGUAAUAAAUAAAGAGGAAUCAAAGUGCA